AUGAUCUUGCCCCAUUUGGAUCUGAUGACAGACUCUGAACUGGGCAAUCAGGAGAGCCAGCGCCGCGUUGUGUUUAUCUGCAACCGUGGCAACGGGAGGCACGUGAUCCUGAAAUCGAUCAGCUGGCUUGUUGCAAUUAUGUUUGGUUUCAUCUGCACGUAUGUAAAUCUCUGGCAUGCUGGUUUGGUGUUGGUGAUGUCUGAAGAGGAGCUGCCUGCCUGGCUCUGCACCAAAGGGGACCAGUACCUGGCCAGUGGCUCCCUGUCCGAUGCUGCCGCCUGUUACACCUCCGCUUUCACCCUGAGCGCCGAGACAACCGUGCAGCAUGUCAAGUCCUUGGGGGAACCGGGCCUAGGUAACCUGUUGACAGUGUUGGAAAGCUGGUGUGCCAGCCAGAGCUGGGUGCCAAGCCAGGGUGGAGGAGGAGGAGGUGGCGCCGGCAGCGAGCCUGCAGUCGAAGCCCCCGUCAGUGCCGGAGUGGCCGCCAUCUUCCUGUCAGCGCUGAGCCCGGGCAACCUGACGGCGUCGGUGCUGAAGAUGGACAUGCUGCUGAGGAGCGGGCGGCAUCAGGAGGCGGUGAGCCACUGUAAUGCCCUGCUCAAUGCCCACCCGAGCCACUCGCUGGCGUUGCUGCUGACCAGGGCCCUGGCCUGGGUCCUGUCUGAGCGGCACUCGGCCAACGGUGUGAUGGACUACAUGCAGGCAUUCGGCAAGCGGCGGGAAGAGACCGUGGCGUUCGUCGUCCACCGCCAGAAGCGAGACUUGCCGCAGAUCGUUCGCGCCUUCGCCCGUUACCUCUCACUGCAUGAAGGAAGGCCUCAGCAGCAGCAAGAUGGCCGCGGUGCCGAGCUGCUCGCCGAUUGCCGCCGUUUCCUCGAGCUCGUGGCACCUCGUGAAGUUGGCGCGUGCCCCUUCGAAAAGCAGCGGUUGGAGGAAAGCGCGGGAAUCCCGGAGCUUGCGCCACCCGCGACCGUUGACAGGAUGAUGCCCAAAGAGGAGAAGGAGGCCCUCACCGCCAGGGGCGACCCAGACUGGGAACUGGUUCACGAUUUGAUGUCGGCCCUCAGCAGCGGAGCCUCACGUCAGCCCCGGGCACCACACGGCGUGCUGGAGCUGGCCAAGCGUUUUGUCGAGGCCCGCUUCUCAGAGUACAGGCAGGUGGUGCGCCGCCGCCCUGACCUGCGAUCCGACGGCGGAGCCGAGCUCCUGCGUCCCGCCCUCCGAGUGCUCCGGCUGUUGGUCGGCAUGGAGCCGGAGGCCAGGCGGGAGUCGGAGAUACGGCUGGCCGACUGCAUGCUCCUCUGUGGGGACGUGCAGGGUGCGCUGCGGCUGUGCCAGCGCCUGAUCGUGGCCGACCCAACCAACUACCACAGCACCCUCCUCGUCCUCCGUGGGUUCUGCCACCUACACGGCGGGGACUUGGCGCAGGCCCUCGAGGACUUCCAGUCCACCCUGGGGCACGGCCUGCCGCAUCCUGGGAGCUGUGUCAAGGCCAUGUGCGGCCGAGGCCUGGUGCGGAUGUUAUCCGGCAGCCCUUACCUGACGGCCUUGGACUAUAUCACCGCCAGCAGGCUGCGGCUGGACGAAGUGGCCUUCCUCGUGAAGUCCUACGUGCCCUGGAACCAGCGCGGCCUCCUCUAUAAGGUGCUGCAGGAAGAAGCGCAGAAAAUCCUUCAGAAGAAAUCCUCCAGCCCCUUGGGGGCCACUGCUGUUGUAAGGAAAAAGAGAUGUGGGGAGCAUGGAAGCCAAGGCUACCCUUUCAAAGAAGGAGAUGCAAUGGGUGUUCAUUAUUUGGCUUUAUUGCUGCUUGAGCUGGAGCCAUCCGAUGAGAUUUCCCAAAUUCUGUCUGCAGAUGCUCUCUACCAGCUUGGUUCUGUGGAAGAAACUCAGAAGUCUUUGCUGGGUUCUCUUGGCAAGAACCCUCAGCAUUCUUCAAUCUUGGCUCGGCUUGCUCUGCUUCAACUGAAGAAAGGCUUUCUGUAUGACGCCAAUCAGCUAAUAAAGAAAGUCAUUGAGAUCGGUGAUACUUCCUGCCUCCUGCCCAUAAUGGACAUUUUCAAGUCAGAAGAUCGAGACCUAAUGCAGAAACAUUGCCAUUCCAGUGCGAUGUCAAUCCUACACAAUAAGGAAGGUGACACCUAUGUAAAGGAAGCAGUGGCCUAUCUCUCUCUGGCUAUAAUUUUAUCAGGAGGCACUGAUGAAGCUUCACUCCUCACCAGGGCACGAUGUUAUGCACAUCUUAACCAGAAGAAAACUGCGAUCUUUGAUUUUGGCACAAUUCUAAAGGCAAACCCAAACCAUGUACAAGCACGAUGUGGACGAGCCUUCAUGUAUGUGAUCCUUAAUAAAAAAGAGGAAGCAGUACAGGACAUUGUGUUAGCUCUGCAGAUGGAUCAGAAGUUGGCAAUUGAAGAAAUCUCAUCUCUGAAGCUUGAAGCUCAAAAUCUAAUUAGCUGCUGGCUGCAUGAUCACUGUAUUAGCAUUCUAACCAGAAUGGCACAAGCAAAGGCAAAAGUCUCCAGUGAAGAACUUGUUAAUCUUCCUGCAAUUGGCCAAUCUCUACUCCAGAUAAAUGGGAGAAAUUCAACCAGGCACAUCCUGUAUAUUGAUAUAUUGAUUGCAGAAGAAAUGUAUGAUGAUGCCUUAAAACAUCUGCAGGAGAAUUUUGGACCCGUUCCUAAUGAUGCUGCUGCCUUGGCCAGGUACGGGCUCAUUCAAAUGAAGAGAGAGAAUGUCCAGCAUGCUGUGCAGAAUCUGAGCAUUCUUGCUGAAAAGGACAACAAAGACUUGCAGUUUCUCUUGCUGUUCCUGGAUAACAAAUCACGUUACCAUAUGGCUCAGGUGGCCUCGCAGGAAGCUGAUAUUUUGACAAAAGGGAAUCAGCUGGAGAAGGCAAUGAGUUACUACACACUGGCUGUCCUUUCAAGUAAAAAUAAACCUAAGUACAUUCGCCAACGUGCAAGGUGUCUGACCCAAUCAAAGCAAUACGAGAGGGCACUAAAGGACCUACAGGGGAUCAUUAAGAGAAGUACCUCCAGCAAUUCCCCAGAUCUAGUACAAGAUUACUGUUCUGCUGGGCAUGUCCAACUCCUUAUCCGAAAGGAAGAGGAGGCAUGCAAAAAUUAUAUAAAAGCCCUACAGUUAGAUCAGUCUGUGGCAUUAACCAAUAUCUCCAGUAGACCAGGACGACUCAACUUGGCUCAACACUUCCACCAAAAUGCUCGUGAUUAUUUCAAGCAGCAACAUUAUGAAGAAGCAUGGAAUUUAACAGAAUAUGGAUUAAUAAUUGAUGAAAGCAAUACUGAAUUAAAGAAACUGAGAGCUAGGAUCAAACGAGAGACAUCAGGGUGUGUUAUUCAUUAG